AUGGAUGUGACAGCGCAGCCAGUGUUCCAGCAGAACGGUAGAUUCUACCGUAACUAUGAAGAGGAUCCACAAAACAAAAUAGAGGCACGAGUAAAAGGCCACUACUACCUUCAACACCAGCGACAAACAGUGCAAUUCGUAGACGAAAUGCACCACAAAUGGCUUGGUUUCAACCAUGACCGAAUGGCAAUUAUGGAGGCUUUGGAUCUGCUCUCUAAUUUCCUGGAUGAAAGCGAUCCUGAUGUUGAUGUUGCGAACCUGGACCAUGCAUAUCAAACUGCGGAGCGGCUACGCAAAUCCCACCCGGAUAAACCGUGGAUGCACCUUGCAGGACUGGUUCACGAUCUGGGCAAAUUGAUGAGUGUGAAGGGAGAGGAACAAUGGGCCGUGACAGGGGACACCUACCCAGUUGGCUGUGCACCGUCGGAGGAGAUCGUUUUCGGGACCAGCAGCUUCGAAGGCAAUCCAGACAUUCUCAACCCGAAAUACAACACAGAACUGGGAAUGUACCGAGCUGGUUGUGGAUUGGAGAAUUUGAAAAUGUGCUGGGGCCAUGAUGAAUAUAUGUAUCAAGUGCUGGUGAAUCACGGCUGCAAUCUGCCAGAGGAGGCUCUCUACGCUAUCCGCUUCCACUCCUUCUAUCCGUACCACUCGCACAAUGCUUAUCGGCAAUUCGUCAACGACAAAGAUCGUAAAAUGUUUGGUGCAAUACUGAUGCUCAAGUAG